GUCGCUUUGGCAGGGAUGGGGGCGGCCGCGGGUGCUGCCUGCGGCGGGGCUGGGCCCGCGGCCGGGACUGCAUUUCCCAGCGAGCCGCGCAGGGCGGGCCGGCGGCUGCGUGCGCAGGGCGGGCACCCAGCCCAGCCCAGCCCAGCCCCGCCGGCAGCCGUGCCCGGCGGCGAGCGCUGCCGUGCCGUGCUCCGAGCCGUGCCGUGCCGGGAGCCGUUGGCCGUGCCCGCAGCCCUGGCCAUGGGGCGCCCGGCAGGGCUCGGUGGCGCCGCGGCCGCCGCGCUCCUCCUGGCGCUGCUGCGCUGCGGCUCCGCCGCCUCCGUGGCGCGGCGCGACCGCCCGGCGGGGCGCAAUGACAGACCCAUCAUCGGGAUAUUGUCACAGGAAUGUCACUUUGAUGAGUACCAGCGAUUUGGAAGAUCUUAUAUUGCGGCUUCAUAUGUGAAAUUUGUGGAAUCUGCUGGUGCUCGAGCUGUGCCUAUAAGAUUGAACCUUACAGAUGAAGAGUACGAUAAAAUCUUCCACUCUAUUAAUGGGGUACUUCUUCCAGGAGGUGGUGUGGAUCUUAGGACUUCAGAGUAUUCAAGGGUUGCUAAGAUGUUUUACCACAAGGCCUUGGAGGCUAAUGAUAAAGGAGAUUAUUUCCCGAUAUGGGGAACAUGUCUUGGACAUGAAGAGCUUACAUAUCUCACAAGUGGUGAAAUUUUACUUGUUCACACCAAGACAAAUGGUUUUUCACUCCCUCUGAACUUUACCUCAGCUGCAAAAGACAGUAGAAUGUUCAGGAAUUUCCCUGAUGAUGUGUUGUACGCACUUGCUACUGAGCCAUUGACAUCAAACUUUCAUGUAUGGAGCCUCUCCAUGGAGAAUUUCACCAAUAAUGAAAAGCUUCGUAAUUUCUAUAAAGUUCUGACCACUAACACUGAUGAUGAAGUGGAGUUUAUAUCUACCAUGGAAGCAUACAAAUAUCCAAUUUAUGGCAUGCAAUGGCAUCCAGAGAAAAACCCUUUUGAGUGGAAGGAUUCUCCAGGCAUUCCACAUUCUCCAUCUGCUGUACGAGCAGCAUAUUAUAUGGCUGAUUUCUUCGUUAAUGAAGCCAGGAAGAGCAUGCACCAUUUCUCCAGUGAAGAAGAGGAAGCAAAAGAAUUGAUCUAUAAUUAUAAUCCAGUUUAUACAGGAACAUUUUCUGCAUUUCAGCAAACCUAUUUUUUUGAUUGAGUGUCUUGUCAAAGGUGCAGUGUUGUUAUUUAUAAAUGGAAUUAUUUGCCAGCACUGUGUAAUUAAGCUGAUAUAGUGACAGAAAGCUAGAACAGUUUUCCUUUACAAUGAUUUAUUCUGUGUAUCUUCUGCACUAUUGAAACAUUAAUAUAUAAAUUUACAUUCAAUAACAUAAUAAUCAUCUUGGAUCACACUUUAAGGCAAGCUACAGAAAAGUGUAUUUUUCUUCCAGGAAAGAGGACUUGACUAUGCUUAUAAACUUUGAAGUAAUCACCUUUGGUAUAAGGAAAAGUUUUCAUAUAUUUUGAAAUAUGAGACUUAUCUUUGUAAAAUGUUUUGGACUAUGAUAGCACUAGACUCUUCGAUACAUUGUGUAGUAAAAUCCUGUCCUUUUCAAAUGAUUUGGCAAAUGAGACUCUUGGAUUUGUCUUAGAUAAGUGUAUGCAGCCAAGUUCUUGACAGGGACUCCUUUGUCAUUUCAAAAACUGACCAAAAUAGUAAGUCAUGAUAGCAAACAGAUUUUUUUUUUUGCCUAAGAAGUGCAUUAUGUCGCAUUUGUGAAACUUUCUCUUGUACAUUAAGCAUUUUUUGGAGUCCUUAUACCUUGUGAGGCCUUUGUAUCACAAAUACGAUAUAAAAUAAGUAAGUUUGGAGGGCGUAGUUCAGUGCUGAUUCCACUCUCAGUUCUUUUCAGUUCAGUUUUAUACAUCCUCCAAGAAUUUGUCUUGUUGUGACUGGAGACUCCAGAUACGAGAUGCAGACACUUUGUAUUUAAAAGAAUGUAAACUUAAUUUUUUUUCUAAGGUGUCCGGCUUUUCCCAUAGCUGGGUAGAAUUUUCACUUGAAGUCAAGAGGUAGUUUGCCACUGUAUUAGUAAACAAGGUAGUUUCUUUCUGUCUUGUUUAAUAGUUCUGUGCAGCUAGAAUUUAAACAGCAGAUGAAUGUAUAUGAGAAACCUGUUAAAGGUGACACAAUGUGAUAAUAGCAGUUGCAUGCAAUACACCAACUGUUUUCGCUCUGCUUUGCUCCAGACCUGGUGAAAGUUUUGUUCAGUGGUUUUGUGUGUUGUCCAAAAAGGAACUAAGAUUAGACAAUCAAAUGUAAUUCUCUUCUCCAGCAUAGCUUCCAACAUUGACAAGGAUUUGGAGUUUAUGAAGAAUUCAGGUUUAUAAACUUCAGCUCUGUUUUGUAUAACUUCAUUCUCUCAGGUACCAUAUCUGAAUAAGUCUGGUAAGUUUCUCAGGUUUUUCAAUUAAAACACUCUCUAACUUGUUCUUUAUCAUGAAACAACUGCAUAACAGAAUGUGAAAUGUAUCAGUUAGAAAAAAACUAUGAGGAAACAUUAACUGUAACUAGCAGAAAAAUACUUCUAGGUAAUUACAAGCUUAAACAUGAGAUAUUUUUACAUUUGUCAUAUCAGCCAACUUAGUAAAUGGUUAUCUUUUCUUGCAAGGGAAAUGUCUGCAAUGGUAGUAAUUAGUUCCUAAAUGUGUAACUAUAAAGAGUAUUAUGUGUAAUAUGAUGAGAGAAGUUUAUAUAUGAUGAAUUUAUAUAAUGUGUCUUUCCUUUAUAUGCUUUCUCUUGUAAAGACUUAUUUGAUGAUAUGCAUGAUUUUUGUGUGAUACAUGGAAUAAACUUUCUUUCAAGCA